GGCAGAAAUCUCUACAAAAUUGACGGCAAAGUGAAAGUGAUAAUCAUUAUCUAAGAAUAAAUAGAUACUUAAACUUUUAAAUUAUAUAGUAAUAGUAAAUUAUAUAAAAAAAAGUCAAAAUGGGUAAACGUCAACAUCAAAAGGAUAAAAUGUAUUUAACAUACACAGAAUGGUCCACAUUGUAUGGGGGAAAAAGGGCAGGAACUGUAGGGGAAACUGAAGAUACAACAUUCCGUCGUUUACCUUAUGAUCAUUGUUGUUUAACUUUACAACCCUUUGAACAUUCUUACUGUGACCCACAAGGAAAUAUAUUUGAAUUAGAAGCAAUAUUAGAAUAUGUAAAGAGAUUCAAACAUAAUCCUGUGACAGGAAAACCUUUAGAUCCAAAGACUUUAAUAAAGUUGAACUUUGCCAAAAAUGCAGAUGGGCAUUAUCACUGUCCAGUUCUCUUUAAACUGUUCAGUAAACAUUCUCACAUUGUUGCUAUUAAAACAACUGGAAAUGUGUUUUCAUACGAGGCAGUUGAGCAAUUGAACAUAAAGUCACGAAAUUGGAGAGAUUUAAUAAGUGAUCAACCUUUUACACGGACAGAUAUCAUUACGAUUCAAGACCCAAACAAUGUAACAAAAUUUAAUUUAUCAACUUUUCAUCAUAUUAAAAAUAAUAUAAAAGUAGAAGACGAAGAAACUAUAAAGGAACGAAAUAAUCCGAAUGCAAAGUUAAAAACUGUGUCUAUGGAAACUAAAGAAAUACUAGCUGAGUUGGAUAGAGAUUUCAAACAAGCUGAAACUAAACAAGAAGUUACCAAACCGAAAGCAGAUAAAUUUAAUGCGGCACAUUAUUCUACCGGUGCAGUAGCAGCUGGCUUUACGUCGACAGUAAUGCCAAGAGAGACCACUCAUCAAGCAGCAGUCAUUGCAGAAGAUUUAGUACGAUAUGAAAGGGUUAAGAAGAAAGGAUACAUAAGGGUGGUUACAAAUUUUGGUGCUUUAAACUUGGAGCUUCAUUGUGAUCUUGUUCCAAAAACAUGUGAAAAUUUUAUAAAACAUUGCCAGAAUGGUUACUAUGAAGGAACAAAGUUUCAUAGAUCGAUACGAAAUUUUAUGAUACAAGGUGGUGACCCUACAAAUACCGGUAAUGGAGGAACAUCUAUUUGGGGCAAGAAAUUUGAAGAUGAAUUCAAGCCAAACUUGAUUCAUCAAGGCAGAGGUAUUCUGUCAAUGGCAAAUUCUGGUCCAAACACAAAUGGAUCACAAUUUUUCAUCACGUUUCGAUCAUGCAGACACUUAGAUCGUAAACACACUGUAUUUGGUAAAAUAGUAGGUGGACUGGAAACCUUAAAUACUAUUGAAAAAAUCGACGUAGACAACAAAGAUCGACCGAUAGAUGAUAUAGUGAUACAGAAAACUCAGGUAUUUGUCGAUCCGUUUCAAGAAGCAGACGACCAGUUGGCCGCUGAACGUAUAGUUGAAGCGACACGAUUAGCUGAAGAAGCGGCAAAAAAGAAAUCUUCUAAUAAAAUGGAGAAAAACGAAUUAAAAAUAUACCGGUCGGGUGUAGGAAAAUAUAUUAAAAUGGAUAAGGACGAAAACAAAGUGGAGAAAGAAGAAUCUAGCAUUGAACCUGUAGCAAAGAAGAAAACAGCCACGGCAAACUCGUUUGGUGAUUUUUCUUCUUGGUAA